AUGGAUAAAACUUAUAGCAUUUGCAAAAAAGUUCUCAGUGCAAUUCCGGGAAUUCUAAAUUAUAACGUUGAAGUUCCAAAACUGGAUCCAUGCCAGUUAUGUGGACAAGAGUUUAUUCCACAUCCUGCAAGUGAAAUCAAAGAAUUUACGAUGGCCAGCUGUGGAUGUCUCUAUCAUCAAAAGAACAAAAGAUCAAAUGGAAAUUUCUCUGCUAAUGCUAACGCAAGCUUCGCAGAGGGGGUGCCAUUAUUUUCGAUUUCAGAGGACAUGUUAUUAUUUCCAGCUUCACCAAAAAAGCGCAUCACUGAAUCUGUAUCUGUAGAGACCACAGCUAAAAAAGUUAAAAAACAGGAGAAAAAAAAGCAACCAAAAAAGAAUCAAAUGCAUUGA